AUGUCCCUCUAUCGCGCCACUCGCGUGAUCCCCCGUGCGACCCGCCUGUCGCUGGCUCGCGGCUACGCCAGCGACCUCACGCCGAACACAAAGUUCACCCCCGUCACACACCCCGACACCGAGGCGCCGCAGUCGACGCACGACAUGAUCUCGGAACACUCGCACUACCUCCUGAACACCUACGCUCGUCCGCCAAUUCUGUUCGAGAAGGGCCAGGGCCUGAAGCUGACCGACUCGUCUGGGCGGGAGUACCUCGACUUCUCGGCGGGUAUUGCGGUGCUCGCGCUGGGACACUCUGACCCCGAGGUCGCCAAGAUCAUGGGCGAGCAGGCCUCCGAGCUCUCGCACGUGAGCAACGUGUAUUGGAACCGCUGGGCCGGGGAGCUGGCCAAGAGCCUGGUCGAGGGAACGCGGGAGAGCGGCGGUCUCGGCCUGAAAGCCGGGGAGAAGGGGGGCGCCAAGGUCUUCUUCGCGAACAGCGGCACGGAGGCGAACGAGGGCGCGCUCAAGUUUGCGCGCAAGGUCGGCAAGGACCGUGGCGGGCCGACCAAGACGGGGCUCGUGUGCUUCUCCAAUGCCUUCCACGGCCGCAGCAUGGGUGCGCUCUCCGUCACCCCAAACCCCAAGUAUCAGGACCCCUUUGCGCCCCUGAUCCCCAACGUCAAGGUGGGCGCGUACAACGACGCCAACGAGAAGGUCCUCAACGCUCUGAUUGACCAGAGCACGGCAGGCGUCAUCCUCGAGCCAGUGCAGGGCGAGGGCGGCCUGGCGACCGCGACGCCCGAGUUCAUCCAGGCCGUCGCGAAGCGCGCGCGCGAGGUCGGCGCCGUGCUCAUCUACGACGAGAUCCAGUGCGGCCUCUUCCGCACAGGCGACAUGUGGGCCCACUGCGCGUUCCCCAAGGACGCGUACCCGGACAUUGUCACCAUGGCCAAGCCGCUCGCGAACGGCUUCCCCAUCGGCGCCAUCAUGGUGCGCGACGAGGUCGCCGAUGCGAUCGGACAGGGCUCCCACGGCACCACCUUUGGCGGCCAGCCGCUCGCGGCGCGUCUGGGCGCACACGUCGUCGGUCGUCUCCGCGACCCCGCGUUCCGGAAACACAUCCAGGACGUCUCGCAGCAUCUCGACACCCUCGUCGAGCGCCUCCCCAAGCUCUUCCCCGACCUUAUCAAGGACGAGAAGCGCGGCCGUGGCCUCAUCCGCGGCAUUGCGUUCAAGGACGAGAGCAUGCCCGGCCAGCUUGUCAAGCUCGCGCGCGAGCGCGGCGUAUUGCUGCUUACCGCGGGCAAGGACUGUGUCCGUCUCAUCCCUGCGCUGACCGUCACGAACGCGGAGGCCGACCACGCCAUGGCCGUUAUUGAGAGCUGUCUCAGCAUUCUCCAGAAGGAGAACAAGUAG